AUGGCCGCGGCGCUCGCGGAGCAGGGCGUCGGCGACGGCCAGGCGGACGGCGUCGACGUCGAGAAGCUCUGGCGCGAGGCCGUCGCGGGCAAGGGCGCCGAGGCCGGCCCGCGGCAGGGCGCGCGGGACGGGGAGAUCGAGCUGCCCGGCGGCAAGGUGCUCAAGGGCGACGGGUCCACGAGGCCCGCGGAGGAGGACGCGCUCCGCGUCGUGCCGAGCCCCGGCUUCGUGCUCAAGACGACGGCGAAGCCCGCGGCGCCCGAGGGCAUGGCCGCCGCCGGCGAGGUUAAGUCCGUCAAGUACUUCAUCAACAUCUGCGCCCACGAGGCCGUGGGCGUCCCGAAGCAGGUGAAGCGGCUCGACGACCAGGGCAAGGAGGUCGAGGGCGUGUCCGUGCCCGUGUCCAUCGGCCCCCAGAACCCCUGCGAGGACAACAAGAAGGACCCCUGCGUCUCCACGGACUGCGUCGUCAACCCGAAAGUCCUCGCCGACGCCGACGAGGACAAGACGGGCGCGCAGCGCGACUUCCUCUGCCAGCUCGCGAUGACGUACGUCGAGCAAAAGUACAAGCUGGCCAUGGACCGCAAGUACAAGCUGCCGCGCCUCAAGUACAAGGGCGACCCGGAGGCGAACGCCCAGUGGGUCCGCGACGCGUCGAAGCGCGCCGGCGUCGAGGAGGCGACCGCGGGCGACAAGUGGAAGGCCGCGAGGACGAAGGCGACGAUGGCGCUCGGCCCCGCGCCCGCGGCCCAGGUCUGGUACGCGCCGACGUCGACGGCGCCGUUGGCGAAGGCGCCGGCGACGCCCGAGGAGGGGCCCGACGCCUGGCCCGUCGUGUUGCUGCCCCGGGGCCCGCGCGGGGGCUUCUCGAAGCUUCCGCACGACGCGGACCGGCCCUACGCGGUCGUCGCGCGGCUGUCGCUCCCGCGCAGCCCGGGGUCCGCGGACCCCUUCCUGAACGCCAAGGUCGCCGUGUCGGCCUUCGGCGUCAAGUGCGCGCUGCCGGGCCGGGAGCCGCUGAAGCUCGGGCUGCCGUUUUGCGUCGACGCGGCGACGGCGACGGCGACGCGCGCGAAGCCGACGAAGUCGUCCUGGGUCCUGGACGUGGAGUGCUUGGUCGACGCCGCGCCCUUUGGGGACGGGCCGGACCCGGGCUCGAAGCCCUGGCUCGUCGCGCGCGCGAUCCGCGGCGCGGCGCCCGCGAAGAAGGCCGACGACGCGGACGCCGCCGCGCCCGCGGAGCCCGCGGCGCCCGCGGACAAGUACCGCCUGCGCAAGCCCGCGCCCGCGCCGGCGGCGUCGGCGCCGGGCAGCGCCCUCGAGAAGCCGCCGCCGGGCGCGUCCGCGCACGAGCUCGCGUACGCCGCGGCGCACGCGGCCGACGUCGCCGCGCGCGCGGCCGACAACUCCGGCGAGGGCGAGGGCGGCGCCUUCGCCGAGGACAAGUUCCACAAGGCCGACAUCCUGAGCCAGCACUACAUCAACCAGCGCGAGUCCACGGUCAAGGAGAAGAAGGAGAACGCGGAGAAGGAGCGCAAGGAGAACGCGAAGGACCCGAACAUCGAGUACCUCGACAUGGACGACUUCCGGCCGGGGGGCAAGUUCGCGCCGAGCGACGGCAAGCCCGCCCCCCUGCCACCGAAGAAGCCCGCCGAGCCCGAGAAGCCGCCGCCGCCGCCUGUCACCGCGGCGCCGCUCGUCGACCGGCCGGGCGCGGCCGUCGCGCUCGAGUCGAGCCUCUGGGCCGAGCUGCUCUAG